CUUUCCUUUCGACGCCAUGGCUCGUCUAGCAGACCUCAUUCUGUCGGCAGUGCCAUAUCGCCUCCCCGAGCACUACUAUGUCUAUACUCCAGGCGUCACUCCUUUGUCCACCGACGCUGUCGUCGUCGCAGCGCUCGUCACCUACCUUGCAACGAUUUUCGGAAUUCAGGCCGUCAUGAAGAACCAGCAACCCCUCAAGCUGACCACCCUCUUUCAAAUCCAUAAUGUCAUCCUCAGCUCAGGGAGCUUGCUCCUCUUGGUUCUCAUGCUCGAAGAGAUCAUCCCAAUCUGGUGGAACAACGGUUUCCACUACGCACUCUGCCACGAGAAUGCAUGGACUCCACGCCUCGAGUUCUACUAUAUGGUCAACUAUUGCUUCAAAUACCUCGAAUUUAUAGACACCAUCUUCCUUGCUCUCAAGAAAAAGCCCCUCCAAUUCCUGCAUGUUUUCCAUCAUUCGGCCACCGCUUUGUUGUGCUAUACUCAGUUGAACGGAAAGACUAGCAUCUCUUGGGCCGUCAUCGUUCUCAACCUCGCUGUUCAUGUUGUUAUGUACUAUUACUAUUAUGCAACUGCCGGUGGACGUCGGUUCUGGUGGAAGAAAUACCUAACCACCAUGCAAAUCGCUCAAUUCGUCAUUGAUAUCUCCCUCGUCUACUUUGGCACCUACGAACACUUCGCAGCUACCCGCUGGCCACACCUUCCCCACAUCGCCAACUGCUCUGGAUCGGAGGGUGCUGCCUUGUUUGGUUGCGCUCUAUUGACAAGCUACCUUGGACUUUUCAUCAACUUCUACUUCAACACGUACAAGAAGCCAGCACAGAAGAAAUCAGCAGCUAAUGGAUCGGCUAAUGGUCAUGCUAAUGGGCUUGCUAAUGGGCAUAAAAAGGAUUGA